AUGGGCAGCCUAUCCAUGGCCCCUGAAGAACGGGACAAUGCGCUGCAGGAACUGAAAAUCUAUGGCCGAGAUCCUCGUAACGCAGAUCCUAUAUUCAAGAAAGAGGGAGUAUCUAUGCUUCUCGCCUUUGCCUUUAAUGACAAGGCAUCGAGUGAAACCUCACGCGGCGCGCUCAGAGUUCUUGCGAACUCCAUGGUGCUCAAACCUGAAACGAGGAAGAUGUUUGUAAAUAGCGGAUAUGCGACGAAAGCAUGCAAAAGACUCGAUACCGAGAGCUGGGAUGACGAGUUUCUCCUCUCACGUAUCCUCUUCCUCUCGACAUACAGCGAAGAAAAGAUCAAGCUCUCUCCCCUGAUCAAAGAGUACGGCCUUGCUUGUAGCAUCAACUCCAAUAUUGGCCGGCAUGCAAUGUCAAAAUCAGCAGAUAGCCGUACAGCUGUUGGGUCCAUGGAGGAAAUGGCUCUGCCCGAGACGCUCAAACUUCUACACAACGUCACUCACUUCUGCCCGGAAGAAAUUUCGGCGUUUACGCCUUCGGUGCCGCAUAUCAUUUCGCUGCUGCGCGCCCGCAAACUACCGAAUUCGAAGGUUCUAGAUCCGCCUUUCGGUCCGCUGGUCAAUUCGCUUCUCAACCUGGACAUGACGGCUGAAUCGUCCAAGUCUGCCAUGUUUCCCAGCGGAGAGGAGGCCAACCUGGGCUCCAAGUUGAUCGAAAUACUUGACAGGGCCAUAAAUGAGUAUUCUGGCUCUGAACUUGACGCCAAUGUUACACCGGUUGUCAAAUUCCUGCUAGAGGUAUACAACCUUGCGCCGGAGCUUGUCCAGAAGAAGCUACGUGAGAGUAUCAUACCGACGUCAGAGGAUCGUGAAAACGUGCUGGGCAAAGGCUCGUCACUAUCAUCCCGGCUCUUGAAAAUUUCGAUAGACCCCAUGGCUCCCCAUCUCGGUCCUGUCAUUUCUCACCUUUUCUUUCUCAUGUCAGAAAGCGAUGCCUCCCAGUUUGUGGAAAAUGUCGGGUAUGGCUAUGCUUCGGGAUACCUCUUCCGAAAUAAUGUCCCUGUUCCUGCAUCUGCAAAAGCAACUUUCGAUGCUGCAGACGAAACUGGAAGCCCGCGGCCGGUGAACCCCAUAACGGGUCAGUUUAUUGACAGGGAGGAGCCGGACGAUCUACCACCAAUGACGGAAGAGGAAAAGGAACGAGAAGCCGAGCGCCUCUUUGUCCUGUUUGAGAGGCUUAAGAAGAACGGUGUCCUCAGCGUGCAGAAUCCUGUAGAGCAGGCUGUACGGGAAGGUAAACUCCGUGAGCUCAAAGACGAUGAAGUAGAAGAAGCUGACUAA